GACCGAACGCUGUGCUGUUUCGAGUUCGAAGUUGCCUGCGCCUGAUUGUGAGCAAUUCGAUUAUCAUCAAAUCAUCAAACAAUGUGAACUGCCAAAUUUCCCGGAUACUUCUCCAUUUGAAAGCAAACGAACAACAAGCAAACAUAUUUUUUCGCGGAAUUUAUUUGCAACGAAAGACGAAAACACUAUCGAAACCUCCAAUCAAUUGAACAGACGAACACGAAUGUUAUUUUUGUGCAUGUUGCUCCAGUUAGCAAAUAUUGCUCUAAGUAGUAGUAGCAGCGAAGGUAAAGGUGAAGAUUCAUCAAAAUGUUGUGCGGAUGGCAAAGUUGGUUGGAUAAGCAGCGUAAAAAGUGCACCACACUGCCCUCGAACACAGGUAACGAAGCCAAACACGCAGCUUCGGCCGAAUUUUCGUUUACCGAGCAAACAAACUGGACACCGGGACCGAUGCGCCACCAGAGUUUACCUAGAUGUCUGCUUGGCAAUUUAGUAUCCGAAAGAAACCUCAAUGAAGAAGUGGAACAAUCGUUUUUGAAACAAUUCCUUAAAGAACAUGGACUGUACAACAAGCAUCAGACGGUACAGCAACGGCGGCGUUUGAAAUACCUUCUUGAGUUGGAACAACGAACCAAGAUGCAAGUUGCGAAAGGACAGAAAGAUGUGUCGGUCGUGCCAAGUGACACCGAUCGUGGCAUAUGUUCGAUCGAGCUUCAUUCAAUGCCCUUUCAUGAGCCAAAUACGUCUCCUAAACCGUUAUGCAAUUCCUUCGCAUCCUCGCUACCAAGAACUUCCUCGUUAUCGGCACUCAAAUCCGUAACAGAUACGGACUUUCAUUUUGACGAAGCAUGUACUUCGCUUCCAUCUUUCACGCAUCCGGCAAAGGAUGUGGUAAAUUCCAAAGGUCUCAAAACUGUUUCAUGGGAAACUUCCGAAUCAUUCUUAGAGACUGAAUUUUAAAAAUAUCUUCAAAACGAAUCCUUUCUUGAAUAUGAAUUCACAUAACAGUGAAUAAUAUAAAUUCUAUUGCCUGAAUUCCCCAAAUCCUUGUUAAAAGAAAAAAAACUUGAAUCAGAAAUCAACGCAGAUUUAAACUCAUGGUAAAGGAAGUUUAAAGACUGCUUGCCAAUAAAAAAAAAUCCACCUUAGAAGCACGCACCGGUAUAUGGUUUGUGGUGAUAAACUAUCAUUAAACGGCUCACCUACGAAGAAAAGGGACUGAUACCAAUUAUCUUCCCUGUCCAAACAUGAACAAGUGAUUGGUAAGCCACAUUUGCCCUUACAAUCUUCCACCCGCACGCACGUACACAGACCGCAGAUUCGCGAUCGUUAGAUCGGCCUGAUCUCUAUUAUUUGCUUCCAGUUGCAGCAACUGCAUCUACUGCCGCCUUUCGGUUACGACAUUGUACGCAGAACCCCUCGCAGCCGGUUCGGUUCACUCCCGCAAUGGACGUGGAACGAUUCACCAACCUUCACACCAUUGAUGGAGGAUGGAUUGGUGUGGAGGACAGCUUGCGUGUGAGUGAGUUGCAUUUGCACGCUGCUUCCCCUCCGGUGGGUUGCGAUUAAAUGCAUGGGGAAUGAACGAAACGAAGCAGCGGGAUAAAGCUAGAUAACGAUGAAAACACACAAGGCACGAGAAGGCGAAACCCUGCGUGAGUUAGAGGUUAGACUCUGGCGUAAUUGAUGAUAAUGGGGUUUUCGCGAGAAGCGACUAACACCCCGACUAGGCGGUUCCAGUUCAUCAGCAAGCUUCGGCCGGUGAUGAUCGUUACUCUCCGUGCACACGUCGUUGCUAAGAAACAAACGACGAAACCAUUCAUAGCAACGACUUGAUUGAAGUCAUGGCUUCCUAUUUGGAGGAUCUUGUCGAUUCGCUCAUCAGCAGUUCGGCGCUCGUUACCUACUGGAACUACAUCUUCCCUGUACUGGUGGGUCUCUAUCUGGCCAUUUCACUCUACGACAAGCAUCGGUAUGGUCGCAACAAGAAGCUUAGAAUUACUGAACCAGCCGCCAUCGAGAAAAGUGGCAACAAACUGGAUGGUAUCGAGUAUGUUGGAGACCUGGAACAUGCUGAGUAUGAUCCGGUACCGGCACUGGAGGAAAAACCACACAUCCCGUAUGUUGGUGCAACGGUUACCCUCGCGACAGAUUCACUAGAGGCGGCCAAUCGGUUUUAUGCCAUUGCCAACAAUCGGCGCAGUGUGCGCAAGUUUAGCUCACGACCAGUCGAUGUUGCGAUCGUGGAACGAUGCAUUCAGGCGGCCGGUACUGCCCCCAGCGGUGCACACACGGAACCGUGGACAUUUUGUCUCGUAUCCGAUCCAUCGGUCAAGGCAAGCAUCCGGGAGAUUAUUGAAGCCGAAGAGUUUGUUAACUACACGCAACGAAUGGCGAAACAGUGGGUGACCGAUCUACGGCCAAUUCGUACGAACCACAUCAAGGAGUACCUUACGGAGGCGCCACAUCUUGUGCUAGUGUUCAAGCAAACUUACGGCUAUAAAGACAGUGCCGGUGGGAGUGACAAAAAGCAACAUUACUAUAACGAAAUAUCAACCUCGAUCGCGACUGGGAUGUUGCUCUGUGCGUUCCAAUGUGCCGGGUUGAGUUCGCUCGUUACCACACCGCUGAACUGUGGACCAAUGCUACGCACACUGCUCGAACGACCACCGAAUGAGAAGCUGUUGGUGUUACUUCCCGUUGGCUAUCCUGCGGACGAUUGUACCGUACCAGAUCUUCAACGUAAACCGCUGGAAGACAUCCUGGUGCGCUAUUGAACGUUAUUCCAUUUGCUGUGGUUGUCUUUAUUUGACGGAAGAAAUAUCGAUCUAUACUACUGCAAGGGAGAGAACUCGCUGCACAAAAUCGAAAAUGGGAAUACAUACCGAAAAGUUGGAUACAUUAACGAUAAGAGCUGUAUUAUGAUGGAUUAGCAGCAGUAGCAGCAGCACCAGCAGCAGCAUGCCUGUGUCGGAUGUUGGAUCGUGAACGGCAGUUUCCCUUUUAUGAUGAAACCCAUGUGUAUUUGUUUAUCAGUGUGAAGAUAAGGUUUUAUUUUACACGUAUAAAGACAAUAAAAUUGCAUCUGUAAUAAAGUAA